UACCCGACGUGCCCCGCGGCCACACGCGGAGCGCGCGGGGUCCUGAGGCGGCGGCUGAGGCCCGUGGCGGCGGCGGCUCCGAGGUGCAGUUUGCACAUCCUUGAGAGAUGCAGGCUACUGCAGUGGUGGAGAUAACUUCUGGUAAAGGCUCCCAAUACAAUGGAGAAAACAUCCAGAAAGAUGAGCCUUCUGAUCCUAAGAAAGAAAAUUUAUUAUCUUCCAAUGGUUGUAACGAAGCCAAAUUGACUUUUCUCGAUGAUGACUGGGAUUCCUUGGUACUAGAACAAAUAACUAAUGACGAAGACGUCAGCAGUACUGAGCAAAUGGAUUUAUUGAAGCCAUCUUGUACUGGGACUCCAGAUUCUAACAGAGACAGUAAUCUCUCUCAGGCUAGUGAGUUCAAGGAUAGUAUUGACUGUGCUUUCUUGAAUGAAACAUAUUCUAUACAUUAUUCAGAGUCAAAACUAAGUGAAAGUCUUAUUCCUUUAAAUUCAGAAUUAGAUUCUGAAAUGCAGAAAAGAGAAGGGGUGUUUUUUGAUAUUUUGGAAUAUCAAGGUAAUAAGAUAAUUGGCUUGGAAAGAACCUAUAAGAUUUCAGACAAUGAUUAUAAAGAAACUGCUGAAGAUGUGCAAAAGCAUGAUACAGAUGAAGACUCACAGCAGGAAUAUCACAGUGUGGAAGAGCAAGAAUACACAAGUACCCACUUAUCUUUUGACCAAACAAAAGCAUUGAACAUACCUAAUCUGGAAACUGUUGGAUUAAAAAAUUCAGGUUAUGAAUUUGAAUGUGCUAGCAAUCUAGAAGGUAAUCAUGUUAAAUUGGAAAGUAAUUCUAACAUCUCUUUAGAUUCAGUUGAUGCUUAUGGACAAGAAGAUGCACCUCAUGGCUCCAAGUUUCAGAAUUCCGUUGUGUUAAGAGAAUAUCAUGAACCAAAGCAUGAAAUGUAUAAGGAACAAGAGACAAGUUUAAUGUACCACACAGUCUUUGAUGAAAUUGUACUACGAAGUAGUCCCCUUGAGAGCCAGGAAUCUCAGUCUCAGAAUAGUUUCUUAAACCCUCAAAAAGCAUUAAAAACUAAAACGUAUACUGGCAAAAUGAAAUGUCAAAUAAUUGAAAGUAAAGAUCGUUGUGGGAAUGCAAUUGUUGAGAACAAAAAGUCACACCACCUUGAAAAUUCUAGCACACUACAACAAGACAAAGCUUUACAGAUGUUACUCCAACCUUGUAAAGAUUGUCAAACUUCCUGGACCUCUGUUUUUGAUGACUCAGUAAUUUCUGCCUGUGGAAAUUCACACUGUAAAAGCCUACAAAAUGCCCCUAAUCCAGCCUUAGAUUUUUCUGUUACUCUCCCGAGGAUUGCAGUCAAAGAUAACCAGGCAAUAGAAGAUAGCUCCCUGAAGGUUGCUAAUGGCAGUAGCACAAAUAAAGCUUGCUUUCACAAUAUAGAAGGAACACAUCCCAAAUUAGUGACAGACGCAGCAAACUGUACAGUCACAGUCAAUCAGACAGUGGAUGUUAGCACUGAUUUUAGGGCUUGUUUCACAACCAGCAGGGCAACAAGUGCAAGAUUUUCUGUAGCAUCUACAUCAAGCAAUACAGAGAUAACAAUGAUGAAUAAAAAACGGCCUGGUGAAUGGCCCAGUGAGAAACAGAGAAGCGUUGCUUGUAAUACAGAUUGGUCAUACAGUCAGAAUAAUGAAGAUGCACCAGGGACUGUGACAAAAUCUCUCUCCGUUGACAGUUCAAAACCUAAUGGAAAUUUUCUAAAUAAGGAUUCCCUGGAAUUAAGAAAAGCAUCUGCUAUCACAGACUUAAAGAAACAUCCUGAAACGGAAUGUCGACUUUCUAAAGAGCCGGAGAAGAAUUUGCCAUCAAAUUGCUGUCAGAAACUCAUGCAGAGAGCCAUCAAAGCAGAGUUGCACCUCUUAAAUGUUCACUAUCAGAUGUGUCACCGCCACUGCACUGAUAUUUACAGGCUUGUAGUGGAAAACAGGGCAGGGGUCAAUAGGUAUUUACCAAGUAAUUCUACUAAGAAGGAAUUAGCACCAGCACUGCUGUCUGUUUUGGGAGAUUUAAAGGUUAGAUAUGAGAGUUUGAAAGAAAAGAUAAACAAAGGCAUGCCUCUGGAAGAGCUGCCCCCACUGGCCGUGGAGUCAAAGUUAUUAUCGACCUUGUCUGCGUUUGCUUCCACGCUGAUGAAAGAAGAAUCACAUGUCUUUUCAGGAGCAGAUCCUGAACUAGGUAAUCCAAGUACAUGUGAUGCUGACGUCUCUUCAAGCCUAAAAAAGACACUCUCUCAAAUGUCCUUACUGUCUGACAAGAGUCCUCCUAAACAGGAUGCAUCACCCAAGGAAGAUGGUUUAAAAAAUGGUGACAUAAAUAUAGACUUUAGUCAGCUGAAACUCGAUGACAAAGACUGCAAAAGUUACCGAGAAGUAAGUGAAGACUGGUUUGAUGCUAAAGAAAACCUGACAGGACUUGAUUUCUCAGGAAUACAAGAAACUCAAAUAGAAAAAGACAAAGGAGAUCCAAAGUUUCCACAAGAAAUGAAGAAUAUUGAACCUUUACGAAAAGAUAAAGGGUAUUUGAUACAUGUUGGUGGUCUCUGCUCUUCAGUAUCUGAGGCUGAUUUAAGGUCUCAUUUCCAGAAGUACCAAGUUUCUGAAAUUUCAAUUUAUGAUUCUUCUACUAAUUAUAGAUAUGCAUCCCUUGCUUUUAAAAAAAACAUUGAUGCAAAGAUGGCCGUGAAAGAAAUGAAUGGGAUAGAAAUAAAUGGAAAGUCAGUAAAUGUGCGGCUUGUUAAAACUCCUGGAGAAUAUACAUCACCACUUUCCUGCAAAAAUGGAAAUAGAGUUACUUGGAAUAAUCUGGAGAGAAACACCAACAAAGAAACUAACUCAGUCUCCUCUAUUUCAAGAUUGCCCAGAACUAGGCCAAGGCAGCUGGGAUCUGAGCAAGACAAUGAGUUUUUUCCUUUUGACCAGAAGGGUGUCAAGAAGAAUUGUAAACAGAUUGAAUCAACUAAAUUAAUACCUGACCCACCUAUUCAAUUCAUACCUCCAAAUACACUGAAUCUACGUAGCUUUACCAAAAUCAUGAAGAGACUGGCUGAACUACAUCCAGAAGUUAGUAGAGAACAUAUUAUAGAUGCUCUUCAGGAAGUAAGAAUAAAUCAUAAAGGUUUUCUGAAUGGCUUAUCUAUUAAUACUAUUGUGGAAAUGACUUCGUCUGUUUUGAAAAAUUCUACUUCCAGUUUGGAAUAAAGGAAGCAACAAGAGACUUUCCUUGGAAAGGACGAGUUCCCUCCUACAGAGAAUGUUCUGCAACACUUAGGAAAAAGUUGUGGUAAUAGCAAGGUGAUGUGAUUAAAUAGGCUUAUCAAUAAGUGGAUUUAGCUGCAGAUAUUCUACUUUAUAGCCGCCUCUUCACAUCUAGCAGCCGUUGUUUCUACAUUAUAACAAUCUUCUCUAUAUUAAAAAGAUAAUUUUAAUGUUUAUGAGCUUCAUAUUUCAGACUUAUUAUUUAGAGACUUCAAGCUGCAUAUUUUGGAUUAGAGAAAAUGGUCGUGUCUGUUUUUAAAAUUAGUGACCAAGAGAAGGUUUAUUGUUCGAGUCCAUGAAAUAAUUUCUGCACAUGAAGAAUAUAAUUUACCUGAACCUCUUUGUUUCAGUUUUCAGUUGUCUUAAGACUCUUAGAUUGGACCACAGGAUAACAUAAAUAAACAAUUUGAUUUCAUAGACACAUAAUAUCUUGGAAUGUGUAUAUUUUUAAACUUCCAAGAUAAUUAAAGUAAUGCUGUGAUAUAUAUUUUUUUGUUUUGUUUUGUUUUGUUUUGUUUUUUUAUGCUGUGAUAUAUUUAAAGCAUUUUUUACUGCAGUAUAAAACAUUUGGAUGUAUUUUCCCUAUUUUCACUAGGAAGAGGAACCCUUCUGUGCUUUGGUAAAGCACUUAAAUUUAAAUAGUCACCACGUUGCUUAUUUUUGUUUUGUACCAAGCUCUGCUUUGGUAGGUUAAAGUGUAAAUAACAACAAUUUUCCAAGACUAAUUGUAUGUCCUAUAAAUUUCUUUAAUGGUUUACUUUUUAAAAGUCACAUACUGUUUAAAGUUGCAGCUUUACCAAUAUUAAGAUGAACAUUUAAAUAUGUGUUUUCUUCAACUGUUUAAAAUGUUGAAAGCAUUCAGGAGUUGGUAUCGCUUGAUUAAAAGUUACUCCUCAUUUAACAUUUAUAUUUGAUGUAUUUGCAUUUAAUAAAGGCAGAAUUUAUAGUA